GGACACAAGCGGCUAGAGACAGCGAGAGCCCCACGGUGAGAGGAAGGAAGAAAGGCAACAGUCGCCGGCAGCUGAUGUGAAGACCAGACUCCGUGCGCCCCUCGCAGCCUCUGCCCGGCCACAUCGAUGUUGUGUCCGCCGCCCGCUCGCCGGGAUCACGAUGAACGCGCAGCUGACCAUGGAGGCGAUCGGCGAGCUGCACGGGGUGAGCCAUGAGCCGGUGCCCGCCCCUGCCGACCUACUGGGCGGCAGUCCCCACGCGCGCAGCUCUGUGGCUCACCGUAGUAGCCACCUGCCUCCCGCGCACCCACGCUCCAUGGGCAUGGCGUCCCUCCUGGACGGCGGCGGCGGAGGCAGCGAUUACCACCAUCACCACCGAGCCCCUGAGCACAGCUUGACUGGCCCCCUGCACCCCACUAUGACCAUGGCCUGCGAGACUCCCCCAGGUAUGAGCAUGCCCACCACCUACACCACCUUAACCCCUCUGCAGCCGCUGCCGCCCAUCUCCACCGUGUCGGACAAAUUCCCCCACCAUCACCACCACCACCAUCAUCACCACCACCCACACCACCACCAGCGUCUGGCGGGCAACGUGAGCGGUAGCUUCACACUCAUGCGGGACGAGCGCGGGCUGGCCUCCAUGAAUAACCUCUAUACCCCCUACCACAAGGACGUGGCUGGAAUGGGCCAGAGCCUCUCCCCCCUCUCCGGCUCGGGUCUGGGCAGCAUUCACAACUCCCAGCAAGGGCUUCCCCAUUAUGCCCACCCCGGCGCUGCCAUGCCUACCGACAAGAUGCUCACCCCCAACGGCUUCGAAGCCCACCACCCGGCCAUGCUCGGCCGCCACGGGGAGCAGCAUCUCACGCCCACCUCGGCCGGCAUGGUGCCCAUCAAUGGCCUUCCUCCGCACCACCCCCAUGCCCACCUGAAUGCCCAGGGCCACGGACAGCUCCUGGGAACGGCCCGAGAGCCCAACCCUUCGGUGACCGGCGCGCAGGUCAGCAAUGGAAGUAAUUCAGGGCAGAUGGAAGAGAUCAAUACCAAAGAGGUGGCGCAGCGUAUCACCACCGAGCUCAAACGCUACAGCAUCCCACAGGCCAUCUUCGCGCAGAGGGUGCUCUGCCGCUCCCAGGGGACCCUCUCGGACCUGCUGCGCAACCCCAAACCCUGGAGCAAACUCAAAUCCGGCCGAGAGACCUUCCGGAGGAUGUGGAAGUGGCUGCAAGAACCAGAGUUCCAGCGAAUGUCUGCGCUCCGCUUAGCAGCAUGCAAAAGGAAAGAACAAGAACAUGGGAAGGAUAGAGGCAACACACCCAAAAAGCCCAGGUUGGUCUUCACAGAUGUCCAGCGUCGAACUCUACAUGCAAUAUUCAAGGAAAAUAAGCGUCCAUCCAAAGAAUUGCAAAUCACCAUUUCCCAGCAGCUGGGGUUGGAGCUGAGCACCGUCAGCAACUUCUUCAUGAACGCGAGGAGGAGGAGUCUGGACAAGUGGCAGGACGAGGGCAGCUCCAAUUCAGGCAACUCAUCUUCUUCAUCAAGCACUUGUACCAAAGCAUGAAGGAAGAACCACAAACUGAAACCUCGGUGGAAAAGCUUUAAUUAAAAAAAAACAAAACAAAACAAAAAAAUUUUUAAAGACCAGGACCUCAAGAUAGCAGGUUUAUACUUAGAAAUAUUUGAAGAAAAAAAAAAGUGAUAUUUAUAGUCCAAAGAAACCAAAGACUUAGCUCACCUGCAUUCUGACUUUGUUCGGAGACACACUUCAGCAGGGCGACGACUCAGCAAGAAGUUAUGAGUGGGAAAACACUGGAUCUCACACCUUCAAUCCAUGAUCAUUCUCUCUGUGCUUGGCUGUUUAGUGGUUUGGAGCAUAGUGAUUUUGAGCCAUUGUGUGGACAGUUUUAAGAUCAGUACUGUCCCACUGCACCACGAAGGUGUAUGGUGUCUCAGUACUGUGUAUGGGUACACCCACAUGUACACACACACACACAUACACACACACACCACGCACGCCACCAGUGGUUAAAAUCUUAGGCAGGGCUGGUCUUCAGGAAGAGUUGCACUAUAAGAGUGCAACCGACAUGGUGUGGGGUUGUCUGAGUUCAUUGGAUUAAGAGUGUGAUUUCACUCGUCUAGCCCAGCGUUUGAACCUGCCAGGCCCGCAACCUAAAUGCAGAUUCAAACCCAGCAAAGAAAAUUUGAAUGACACCUAAACCAGUGCAUUCUCUUUGUUUGUUAAGGAAUGUUCAGAUAUUUUUUAAGAAAUGAAACAAGAGUCCAUCCAUUUAAAAAAUCACCUAGGUACCAAAGAACACACUUAAUAUUAUAGUGCAGGUAUUUUAUUGCAAUGAUUUUAAUAACCAAAGCUAUUUUUACACAAGAUACUAUGUAAAGUUAUACGUAUGAACUGAUCUAGCUGUAAUACACAUGCCACAUAGAUCCACAACUAUUAUUUACGACUCUUGAAGUAUUUGAAAUAUGAGUUUUCAGAAAUGGCAAGAAAGAAUGUAGCUUCAGGGAAGCAAUUAAUAUCACGGCAGAGAGGUCGAUGCACUACACAUGUACAUCCAGGUGGGACACUCCUCUCCAGGAUCCAUAAAUGUCACUUACAUAGAAAAAUGGACAUGAUACCAUAAUCUGUUCAUAGCUGAGAAAACGUGAGACUCCUUCCAAAAUAGGACCCCGUUUACACACUAGAAAACUAAGUUUUAACAAGGGCAGGUAACUAAAUUAGAAAAUUUGUUCAAAGUGGCCAAAGUGAACAUGCCAAAGUGGCCAAAGUGAACAUGCCAAAGUGAUGAGUUUUAGCACAAGACCACCCAGUAAAGAACUUAGAUUAAUUUGACUUCAAUUUGCUUAAUGCAUUUGGUACCAAAUAUCUUUAAAAUUUUUUUACAAAUAUAAAUAAGGUGAGCAGACUAACAUUAUUAUUAAAAUGAAUUGUCCCAAGAAUUUAUAAUCAUCCUAAAAAGUAAUCAUAGUGAUUUUAUUGCCAAUCCCGGACAUUUUAUGACUUGAACAUUGAUAAGACAGUAGGCGCUACUGAGAAGUGUUAGAAUUGGUGGAACUGCAUCGAGGAAGCCAGAAUUCUAUGAAACACAAGAUUUUUGGUUCUGUCAGUAUUAUGCAACUUGUUCCAUGAAGCAUAACCUUCAAAGCAUACUACAUUCUUUCUUGCUACUGCAUGAAACUGGAAAUUUUAUAACACAGAUUCCAGAGUCAGAUUAAAAAUUAGGCCUGAGCUUCCAAAUACAAAAUUUAAAAUUUCUAUUUCUCCAAAUCACUCGGUUGAGGCCGUAUAAGUCAAGGCAAAAACAAUAAUAAUGUAGUAAUGUUGUCCUAGUGGUACCCCCAUGAAUCACUUGAUCCCAGAAACUUCUCUUGAAUCAUAACUUACGUAAAUGGAUGCCUGUCUUAACAUUAGGUAAAGAAUUGGAUACUCUUAAUUACCACAUCUCAUUGGAAAUGUAAAACUAAAAAUUAUCCUAACAAUAAGUUGUUUAUUGAGAGUCACUUCAAAUGCUGAAGAAAAAAAUUAAACUAUCUUGCCACAAAACCUAACUCUUUAAGAUCAAACCUCAGUAUCUUAACUAGGUUUAAAACAGGCUAGCACCUGGAGAGCUAAAGCUAAACCAACAGGCCAUCUGUCUGUCUCCUGAAGUCUGCUAUAGAUGGAGAAAAGGAAACUAUCAUGUAGUUCUCCUUUAAUGGAAUACUGCAUUUGCCUUGACACAUUUUGUCUUAGUUUUUUUUUUUUUUCAUCCAAAAUUUCAGCUUAAAAUUUUCCCUUCUAUAUAUGGCACAAUUAUAGUUCAGCUGUUGAGAGACUAUUUAAAUGGCCACCCUUCAAGAUUGACUAAAAGUAUAAUUUUAUCAACGUAAAUAAAAAAGAAAAACAUGACUAGCAUUUAAGUCAGGGGUAUAAAAUGUAUUCAUAAUUUAGGAGGGAGGAAAGCCUUAUUUGUUUAAAACAUAAGAAUUUUAAAUGCAGGGAAAAUUCAAGCUGUGUUUACACACAAUCUUACCAAAUUUCAAUACUCCAGGAAAAAAAAAAAAACUGAAUUCAUACAGCCAUGCUGUUUUUUUCUUUUUUACUGCACUACUCUGAAAAUUAAUCCAACUGCAUUUUGCAUUUUCAACCAAUUAUUUUGGUGCUGUGUAGACACAGUCUCAAAGAAUAUUACUAAACAUUAAAUAUCCUACCAUAAUGUUUUUUUUGAAAAAUAACCAGUUAUCUUACUUGCUGACACCAAAGAUGAUUUUCAUACCAGCAUUGAAUUUGCACCCAUUAUGCAAUUUCAGGGCCUAGAGAUAUAUUUUCUCAUAAACAGAUGCACAAAUCAGAGCCUGAAAAGCAAUUUUUUUUUACUUAACUACUUAAACAUACAACCUUUGAUUUUUAGAAAUCAUAAUGAACAAGUAGCUCCUCACAAGCAAUACACUUAUCACAUCAUAUAUGACUGAUUCUUUAGGUGUUUCUGAACUGGUGUAUAGUAAAAAAAAAAAAAAAAAAAAAAAAAAAAAAAAAAAAAAAUUCCAUUCCUCCUUAGUGUAGCAUUAGUUUAUGGCUCCUGUUUUGAACCUACCACAUGUAACAGAGCAGGUCAUGUUCCAUUUGUUCAAUUAUCAUUUCUCAAUCCUUUAGCAAAAUUCAGCUAAAAAAGAUAUCUUGCUUUUUCAUUUGUUUGUUUGUUAAAGACAAAACUGCACUUCAAAUAAUACUCUUUUUUUUUUUUUUUUUUUUUUGUUAGAAUGGAAGUUAGUCUGUUUUUUGUUUUGGGCCAUAAAUCAUUCAGGUCCUCUCAUAAUUGGAAGCUUUCCUGAAAAGAGGGCCAGGAGGUGUGAAGUCUGGACAACACAGAAGCCCAAAUUACAGUAAAUGUUCAAGUUAGAGAGUUCUGGAUGUCAGGAAUUCAGUAGUUCAGUCCCUGAAUGCAGCUGGAAUAGACCCCAAAGACCAAAGAAAAUGUGUGGGGAAAUCCAGAAGUUCUAACUGAACAUGUCACUCAUUGUGCCCCCCAAAAAGUGUAAUUAGUUUUCCAGGAAAAUAUAAAAGCACUAAACUACAUUUGGACUCAUUCCGCUCCCAUUGCUACCCCAGGUGAAUAACUCGUCUUUGCAGGUUAAAUGCAAAUUUUGCUAUACCAAAGAGUCCUAGGACAUUUUCACAUGAGCUAUAAAGGCAUUUUCCCCAAGAGAGGUCCUCCCUUCUUUGUACAUAAAGGAUGAAAACUAUGCAUUUAGCAAACAAAGAGAAAGCACUUCUCCCUUUUCUAUCUAGUUGUUUAGGGUGCAUUCAAAUGCCAGAGGCUGUUUUGAGACACAUUUGGCCUUCUGGAUUAUUAUUGUGGUGUGGUUAGCUUUACAGUACAUUGGUAACUAUUUCCUAAAUAGUAAGGACAAAGAAGCAGAAGGUAAGAAAUAGCUACUUCCACGUGUAAAAAAAAAAAAAAAAAAAAAAAAAAAAAAUGUGUAAAGAUCUACUAUUUAUAGUGUGAACCAAAGACGCUACCUCACUCAAUUUCCAUUGGUGAUUUUAAUCACAUUGAUGAUACCAAAGAAUACCAAAGAUAUUUUCAUGCCGGCCUUGGUCUGCAGAGGGAACUCCGCCCCCUCCCUUCCCCCACCUCCUCUCCCCUCCUCACUCUUCACUCAGUGUGUAAACUUGUCUUCAUUCUUAAUAAUGAUAUGGUAAUGGUAACAACAACGUUAGGAAAUACUACUCUUAUUACUGCUAGUUCUUCUUGUAAAUCUCUAGGCAAACAUGUUGCAAACUUUGUAAACUCCUAGGAUGAGUGCCUUGCUUGAACCAAAGUGUUAAACCGCUGUUAACCUCUCUCACCUUAUACUCUUUGAAUACCUCAGCCUCUUAGAAAGGCCACUAAUGAAAAAAAAAAAAAAAAAAGGAAUAAUUAUUCACCGUGGUGCUUUUUCCGUGCAACC